AUGGACAAAUUUGCGCCUGGUACAGCUGAGCGUCCAGAUGCAUCCUCAAAUUCACGCUUUACCACCCAGGCAGCGACAGCCGAGGACCUCCUCAAAGCCCAGACCGUCGGCUUAGUGAAUUUAAAUGACUAUCGCAAACGUCGCGCUGAAGCUCUUGACCGAAAAGAGCGAGGGCAAUCUGCAGUCUCGUCUGAAGGAAGUGCACCAGAGGGGGAACCAACGGCUAAGCCCGUUUCCAAAAAGAAGCGCAAGACAGCUGGCAAAGGCAAGCUAUCUUUUGGUAUGGACGACGAUGAAGCUGUGGAACCCACCGCGGCGAAGGCACCGACACCAGGCGAAAAUAUGGCUGCGGACUCAUCCACGGCCAACUCUGAGGUAGAAGGCCCAGUGUCUCGGAAGAAACUUUCUGCAAACUCAAACAUUGGUCUCAAACCGCGGGUCAUGACCAAAACAGCGCUACAACGCGAAGCGCAGAAGGCGGAUCUGGCACGACAAGAAUUCCUGGUCAUGCGUGAAGCCGUCAAGGCGACGGAAGUGGUGAUACCCUUCGUCUUCUACGAUGGCACCAACGUGCCUGGUGGUCGCUGCAGGAUCAAGAAAGGCGAUCAAGUAUGGUUAUUCUUGGAUAAAGCCAGGAAAGUGGGGGCUGAGCUAGGAAUGGGCGGCGACAAGAGUCGAAGGGACUGGGCUCGUGUGAGUGUAGAUGACUUGAUGCUUGUGCGCGGAGAAGUAAUCUUGCCUCACCAUUACGAAAUCUACCACUUCCUCUUUAACAAAGUUGCUGGCUUCCAUGGCCCUCUGUUCCACUACUCGGCGCAACCGACCAAGGCAACGCCUGCGGCAAAGAGCGGAGAGGGCGAGGGAGAUGGUGUGGCCUACGAUCCGCUCAACUCAUCACAGAAGAUCAAAGGCAAAGCGUCAACGGUGGCGGAUGAGGAUCUCGAGGGGUUCGGGGAUGAUCCGACGGUGACCAAGGUGGUGGAUCGACGGUGGUAUGAGAGGAACAAGCACAUCUUCCCCGCAAGCGCAUGGGCGGAAUAUGCGCCGGACAAGGACCUUUCCAAGGCGCAGCGAAAAGAUGGCGAAGGCAAUGCAUUCUUCUUUUCCUGA